UUUCCAGCGUUAAAACUCUUCCACACACAGAUCGUAGGGCCCUCUUAGAACACUAGAGAGGCCUCUCUACUGUGCUCUUACCCAUUUCUUGCAUUAUCUGCUGCUUCCCAUGGCGUCUUCUUGCAGGCUUACAGACUCAAGCUUCUCUUUCUCCUUGAAAACCCAUCACGGACCUCUUCAAGGACGAACUCCUGGUAGUGUACAACUUGGUCCCAGAAAUUCUCCGGGUACAUCUUAGGAAACCUUCUUCGUGGAAGGGUUAGAAGAGGUCAUCCAUGUUCAUCUCACAAGAAGAGGGCACAAAACAUACAGGCUGUGUCCAUUCCAGUUCCACCAUCUACAAUGAACAACGCCGAGUAUAGGAGGAAGCUAUGGAUUUACCCAAAUUGGGGAACCGCUUGCAGAUGAUAUUACAUUGAAGGAUAUUAUUGAAACUCUUCCAAAAAAAGGUAUUUGAGAUUGAUGAUGUAAAAGCUUGGAAAACGAUUCUGGUGUCCAUCACUUCUUACACACUGGGGAUUUUCAUGAUUGCAAAGUCUCCAUGGUAUCUACUUCCUCUGGCAUGGGCAUGGACAGGUACUGCAGUAACUGGGGCCAUGAUUGUGCUCACAAAUCAUUUUCAAGGAACAAACUGGUGGAAGACAUCGUUGGAACACUUGCAUUUUUGCCCCUCAUAUACCCAUAUGAACCUUGGCGCUUUAAGCACGACCGCCAUCACGCGAAAACAAACAUGCUGUCUGAAGAUACAGCUUGGUGUCCUAUUCGUAGAGAAAAGUUUGAUUCAGCCCCAGCUUUCCGGAAGGCAAUUGCAUUUGGAUAUGGUCCUUUCCGGACAUGGAUGUCGAUAGCUCACUGGUUGUUGUGGCACUUCGAUUUGAAGAAGUUCAGACCAAAUGAAGUUAAAAGGGUGCAGAUAAGCUUGACUUGUGUGUUUGCAUUUGUUGCAAUUAGGUGGCCAUUAAUUAUCUGGAAAACAGGACUCGCUGGAUGGAUUAAGUUCUGGUUGAUGCCAUGGCUAGGUUACCAUUUCUGGAUGAGUACUUUCACAAUGGUGCAUCACACAGCUCCUCACAUACCAUUUAAAGCUUCAGAUAAGUGGGAUGCCGCUCAGGCCCAAUUAAAUGGCACAGUUCAUUGCAACUAUCCUCGUUGGAUAGAGAUUCUCUGUCACGAUAUCAAUGUGCAUAUUCCUCACCAUAUAUCUCCAAGGAUACCUAGCUACAACCUACGAGCAGCUCAUAAAUCUUUGCAAGAGAACUGGGGCAAGCAUCUGAACGAGGCAACAUGGAAUUGGCGUUUGAUGAAGACUAUAAUGACGGUCUGCCAUGUUUACAGUGAGGAGCAAAAUUACGUUUCUUUUGAUGAAAUAGCUCCUGACGAAUCUCAACCAAUUACGUUCCUUAAAAAAGUCAUGCCAGAUUUUGCUUGAUUAGACCUUACUGGAAUUUCUUUAAUUCUUUCUUAAAUUCGUUCUAAAAUUAUCCGUCGCGGGAACACACUUUUGGAUGCAGGCAUCUAUUUUUUUGCGUUUCUCUAGUAUGGAAACAAAUAUAUGGAGAGAAUUGAAGAAUAUAAGAAGCUCUUUGCAUUCAUUGCUUGGCAUCAGUAGUAAAUAGUUAUCUGCAUUUCACAUUCUUUA